CUGGACAAUAGGGCGGGUUUUCGAUGAAGGGCCGGUAGUGGUAAAGAUGGCAGCGAGUCUGAGAUCCUCUUGGUGGCAGCGGUGGCGGCGAUGUUUGUCACUUCAGGAUGGGUCCAGGAUAUUCCUCCUUCUCCUUUUGUUGGGGUCUGGGCAGGGGCCAUGGCAAGUCGGGGCGGGUCAGACGUUCGAGUACUUGAAGCGGGAACACUCGCUGUCGAAGCCCUAUCAGGGUGUGGGCACAGGCAGUUCCUCAUUGUGGAAUCUGAUGGGCAAUGCCAUGGUGAUGACCCAGUACAUCCGCCUUACUCCAGAUAUGCAAAGUAAACAGGGUGCCUUGUGGAACCGGGUGCCAUGUUUCCUGAGAGACUGGGAGUUGCAGGUGCACUUCAAGAUCCAUGGACAAGGGAAAAAGAAUCUGCAUGGGGAUGGCUUGGCAAUUUGGUACACAAAGGACCGAAUGCAGCCAGGGCCUGUGUUUGGAAACAUGGACAAAUUUGUGGGGCUGGGAGUAUUUGUAGACACCUAUCCCAAUGAGGAGAAGCAGCAAGAGCGGGUAUUCCCCUACAUCUCGGCCAUGGUGAACAAUGGCUCCCUCAGCUAUGAUCAUGAACGGGAUGGGCGGCCCACAGAGCUGGGGGGCUGCACAGCCAUUGUCCGCAAUCUCCAUUAUGACACCUUCCUUGUGAUUCGCUAUGUGAAGAGGCAUCUGACGAUAAUGAUGGAUAUUGAUGGUAAGCAUGAGUGGAGGGACUGCAUUGAGGUGCCUGGGGUCCGUCUGCCGCGGGGCUACUACUUUGGCACCUCCUCCAUCACUGGGGAUCUCUCAG